GCGCAGACAACUGUAUUCCCUUUUCCUCCCCAUCACCGCCCUCUCUCCUUCUCCUUCUUAUUCUUCUUCACCCUUCCAAAUUCAAUACACACCAUCAUCAUCAUGAAGAGCAAUCUCAGAGUUCUAAAACAAGAAACUCCAACCACCUUCCACAACUCCGACAAGGGCAUUAGGGAGACGGAAUCCACAAUGGGUGCAGAGUGGACAGACGAGAAACACAGCAUGUAUAUAAAGUCUAUAGAAGCAUCUUUUGUUAAUCAGUUAUAUGAUUCUAAGCAAAUGUGCAAAGGAACUUCAAUUGACCCUGCUACCACUUCUGGCCAGUUCAAAGUGCUUCGUGGUGGGUGUUGGCAAAAAAUCAAUUUUCAAAGAGAUAAUCCACAAAUGAGUAGGAUUAGCCAGUGUCAUGACUUGACAGAAAACCCAUGGAUUCAGCACUAUCGAACUUCAAGCAAACAGAGAGGCAUAGUAGCUCCAUCCCUUCAAGAAAGUGUUACUACAUCAAGCAAAGUUGUUGAUUUAGGCCAAAGGAAAGGAGUUUCCACUGCAUCAGGACAUCUUCAUAUGUGUGAAUCUCGUGUCUGCCAUAAGGAUAUGCUUUGCAGUGAUACAGAGAUGUCAGACCAGAACUUUGUCGAUGAAGAAGUGAAAGGCAAAAAGCAAAGUAAAAAAAGCAAGGUGAAACGACAGAGAUCAUUGAUAACUGAUGCAUCAGAAGGCAAUGAUCAGAUGGUCCCUAACAGAAAAUAUUCUUCUUCUGGUCGAGAUUUCACCAAGAAUUUUGUUUCUGCUGCUUAAAAUAGAGUGAAAACACGUUUUGUUUCUGCAAGAUUUAGAGUUUGUCACGUUAGUCUCUCAAAUAGGAAAAUUACUAUUUUCCUCCCAAAAAACUAAUACAAAAAAUGUCGAUCAAUUCAGUACUUAUGAUAAAAAGAAAAAAAAAAUCAGUGUAUUGGUUGACUUUUUUUUUCUUUUUUUUUUUUUUCAAAAAUGAGAACUGUGAUUCUUGUUUUUUAGGACUAACGUGACUGGUCUCAAAAUUUUCAGGGAACAAAAUAAUUUUUUACUCACUUAUAAUACGAGGGGUUAUCAGAAACGUGAUUCGCUGUGACCUUUAUGAAUGACACGUUCUUAGUUAGCAAUUUAGCAUCGGAGUCACAGGGAAAUGGUGGAUAUUGCACAUGAUAAUUGUACCCGGAAUUUUAAGAUUUUACAGUGCUUUCUAUGUAUACCCAUGCUUGGGAUUUUGUAGCGUUGUUGGAAUCAGACAUAAAAUUUUCUGGGGCAAUUGUUUUUGGCCUGUGUUAAUGAUGUGUGUACAUAAUGAAAGCUUUCGUGAUGUACAUACAUGAAAGCUUUGGUGAGUUUUAUGAAUUGAAGCUAAUUUGAGUUACUAUGCAUUUUUUGGGUGCUAUUUUGAUCGA